AUGGCUAAGACUACUAAAGUAAAAGGUAACAAGAAGGAAGCUAAGGCUUCCAAGCAAACCAAAGAAGAAAAGGCUGCUGCGGUAUCUUCUUCCUCCUCUUCUUCUUCAUCUGAAUCUGAAUCUUCGGACUCUGAAUCCUCUUCAUCUUCAUCCUCUUCCGACAGUGAAAGUGAAGCUGAGGUCAAGAAGGAGGAAUCCAAAAGCACCUCUUCUUCCUCCGACUCUUCUGAUGAAGAAGAAGGAGAAUCCAAGAAGGAAGAAUCUAAGGAAUCUUCCAGCUCUGACGCAUCUUCUUCUGACAGCGAAAGCGAAAAGGAAGAAUCUAAUGACAAGAAGCGUAAAUCUGAAGAUGCUGAAGAAGAAGAAGAAGAAGACGAAUCCUCCAACAAGAAGCAAAAGAACGAAGAAUCUGGAGAACCUGCUACCAUUUUCGUCGGCAGACUAUCGUGGUCCAUUGAUGACGAAUGGUUAAAGAAGGAGUUCGAACACAUUGGCGGUGUUAUCAGCGCCAGAGUCAUCAACGAAAGAGGUACCGACAGAUCUCGUGGUUAUGGUUACGUUGAUUUCGAGAACAAAUCUUAUGCUGAAAAGGCCAUUCAAGAAAUGCAAGGUAAGGAAAUCGAUGGUAGACCAAUCAACUGUGACUUGUCCACAAGCAAGCCAGCCGGUAACAACACCAACGAUCGUGCCAAGAAGUUCGGUGACACCCCAUCUGAACCAUCUGACACUUUAUUCUUAGGUAACUUGUCCUUCAACGCUGACAGAGACACCAUUUUCGAAUUGUUCGCUAAACACGGUGAAGUUGUUUCCGUUCGUAUUCCAACACAUCCAGAAACUGAACAACCAAAGGGUUUCGGCUACGUCCAAUUCUCUAGCUUGGAGGAUUCCAAGAAGGCUUUAGAAUCUUUGCAAGGUGAAUACAUCGACAACAGACCAGUCAGAUUAGACUACUCUUCUCCAAGACCAAACAACGAUGGUGGUCGUGGUGGUAGCCGUGGUUUCGGCGGCCGUGGUGGUGCUCGUGGUGGUAACCGUGGUUUCGGCGGUCGUGGUGGUGCUCGUGGUGGUGCUCGUGGCGGUCGUGGUGGUUUCAGACCAACCGGUUCCGGUGCUAACAAUGCUCCAUUGGGCAGAUCAAGAAAUACUGCUUCUUUCGCCGGUUCAAAGAAAACAUUUGAUUAA